AUGAAGGACGAGAUCGGUAUGAAGGGACGAAGGCUCGGGUUAAGCCAGGAUUUGCGGCUUACACUGAUGGUGUUUACCACCACUACGGGAGAUUUAGCAGUUUCUGCGGCAGACCGGCCUUGGACCGCGCCGUGCCCGUCUCAGCCAGGUAGAGAUAGAGGUACGCUGCUUUGCGGAAGCACGACAGACGCGAUGCUGCUUUUCCGUCGCUUGGCCAAACUGUUGGCUACCACUAACCGCCACUUCAUGUAUCACCAGGCGAACCGUAUCAACGAAGAUCUAUACUGCGACAGUGCAUUCUCGGGAAACUUCACAUCAAGAUUAUCGGAGAGCAGCGCAACGCGGCCAUUGUACGCGAACAGCUGGUGGGUGAGCGACCAGAACGAAGGGAGUCACGCGAUAAGGGAGCGUGAUAACAACGGCGCGGUGGCGGGUGAACUGGUUUCUCGCAUCGCGGGCUGCCUGAAUAUGGCGGGUUACCUGAAGGCGGCGGGCGCAACCUGCGCCUCGACCGGAAACCCUCAUCAAUACCAUCCACACGGUCAUCCGAUGGGAGUCGGCACCCAUCCGCAUCCUCACUCGCAUCCGCAUCCCGGUGCACAUCCCGGUUUGCCGUCGCACUUCGCCCUCACCCCGCACGCUCAUACGCAUCAUGCGCUCGAGCAUGGACUGGCAGCCGCAUUCCCACAAGGAAUGAAUCAACGCAAGCAACGUCGCGAGAGGACGACCUUCACCAGAGCUCAGCUGGAUGUGCUGGAGGGGCUAUUCUCGAAAACGAGAUAUCCGGACAUCUUUAUGCGAGAGGAGGUUGCCCUCAAGAUCAACCUGCCAGAGUCGCGAGUCCAGGUUUGGUUCAAGAAUCGUCGAGCCAAAUGCAGACAACAAUUACAGCAACAUCAACAACAGCAAAAUCAGCAGCAGCAGCAACAGCAGACCCCUCCGUCGAAAGGUUCGCCCAGAUCAAAUCAGAAUCACAGUAACAGCAGCACCGGGAGCAGGAUAUCGACGAGCUCGUCGACGACGCCUAGUAGGCGAUCUUCACCAGAUUCACCGGUGCAAGGUAGGGACGCGCCAGUAGCAGGAAACUCACCUCUGUCGACCCCGCUCCUGUCGACCCAAUCGACGUAUCCUCGGAAUGUUGGAACGACGCCAACCGGUGGCAGCGGGGCCAACAGCAAUCUGACGACCCCGUCGCCGCCGCUGACACCGAGCUCCAACCAACUACAGCCGUCGUCCUAUCCAAGUGCGAUGAAUCAAAUUCAUCACGGCGAGACUUACAGCUUCGGCUGGAGCUCGGCGGGGUCCGCUUCUGUGAACCACAGCCAAUACGCCGGUCAAGGUUACAACGCUUACGCCCAGACCUCAAGCGUAUACGGUGGCGACUAUUAUCAGGCUCAGAUCCCCCACAUGCACCACAGCCCGCAGGCUAAUUACCAUCAUCCGCAAUAUCAUCCUAACAUGACGCUCACCCCGUCCAUGUCACAUCUGACUAGUCAUCAUCUGAAUCCAGUGACUAGUCAGUCGCAAGCUACUAGCAAUGAUAUAGCGGCUGCUGCUGCCGUCGCUGCUGCCGCCGCCGUGUCAGGCGACGAUACCGGUUACGUGCUGCCUGAUCAAAAGUAUCCGCCGUUAGUAUAG